ACAAUUUUAUUUAUUGUAAUUGCUCCCUAUUGAGGCUCCACGACAUCCCUCCACGUUCCACGUGUCCUCUCUCUCUCUCUCUCUCUCUCUCUCCGUCUUCGCUUUCAAGAGCAGAAUGGAAUAGAAGCCCCGGACCGCAAAACACUGAAAAGGAAUUCCUCCAGAGACGACUCUGUGUGUGUGUGUGUGUGUGUGAGAGAGAGAGAGAGAGAGAGAGACACUGAGAUAGCCUCGGGGGGUUUUGGGGCUCAAAUUAGGGUUUUUGGUUUUGAGAAUCGGUUCUGAUUCUGGGUUUUUUCUUCCCUUCCCUCACACUUCGUGAGUGAAAAAAAGUCGAGAUGUAUAUAGCUUCUAUGAGAAAAUCAUUCAAGGACUCUCUCAAAGUUCUUGAAGCUGACAUUCAGCACGCGAAUACUCUAUGCAGUGCGUCAGAUUUUCCAAGGGAGUAUGAUGGUGCCUGCCUCCAGAUGAGGAUGUCAUAUAGUCCGGCAGCACACCUGUUCCUCUUUCUGGUCCAAUGGACAGACUGCCACCUUGCAGGAGCCCUUGGACUGUUAAGAAUCCUCAUUUACAAGGUUUAUGUGGAUGGCACAACCACCAUGUCCACUCAUGAAAGAAAAGCGAGUAUAAGGGAGUUCUAUGCGGUAAUUUAUCCCUCUCUACUGCAACUUCAAAGAGGUGUUACUGAUACAGAAGAUAAAAAGCAGAAGGCAGUUUGUGUGGAGAGGUAUCGAAGGAGAGAUGAUGGGGAAUAUAGACAGUUCUCAGAUGUAGACGAUGAAAGAGAGGAAGAAUGUGGAAUAUGCAUGGAAAUGAAUAGUAAGAUUGUAUUGCCCAACUGCAAUCAUGCCAUGUGCUUGAAAUGUUACCGUGAAUGGCGAUCGCGGUCACAGUCGUGUCCCUUUUGUCGUGACAGUCUUAAGAGAGUGAACUCAUGUGAUCUCUGGGUAUUCACCGACGGCAAGGACGUAGUCGACUUGGCAACGGUAACGAGGGAGAAUCUUAGGAGGCUUUUCAUGUAUAUAGAUAAGUUACCGUUGAUUGUGCCCGAAACUCUUUUUGAUACUUAUGAUUCUCACCUAAGGUGAUGAGUAGAAUAAAACACAAAAACAAAAACAAAAAAAAGCCCACCGUCUCUUGUGGUCUCUAAAUGAACAGUUCUCCCGUUCGUCUUGGUUACAUAAGGACCAUUUAUUCGGCAAAUUUAGAUCAGCUGAAAUUCCAGUGCUUUCUUCCCGCUUCUAAUCAGAAGAACCCAGCCUGAAUUAUGAUGGGCUGGUGCGUGAAGUUGAGAUAGUCUUCUAAUUUGGAGGGUUCAUCGAUUGUAUUUAAGAACCAUUUGUAUAUGUCUGUGACUCUGUAUAGCUUGAAGCUUGCUUAUAAAGAAGCAUUUGAAAA